GCAGUAGUCGGUUGGUUUCUCUGCUCCUGGCAGCCGGCUGAUAUGAAAGGAAGAGGGUCCGAACUCCGGGGCUGGAAUCCCUAUUGUGGCUAUUCGUGCUCACUGCCUGGCAGUCGCUGUGAUGUUCUUGGGAGUGCUUCGGGGCUUUGCGAGGCCCAACACUUUCCAGGUUCCUUGGAAUUGAGGAUGGAGGAGGAGACUAAGAUUGCAUCCCCUAAGGAAGAUGUCACCAUGCUCUGUGCAUUGUCCAGCGAUGGUACUCUAAACCUGGCCAUCAGUGUCACUGGAGUCAGGUGGUCCCUGAGAAGGUCAAACUCUGACAAGGAAGACAAAAUCCUUGAGUACAAUGGAAAAAACCUGACUCAGUUCAGACCAGGAGCCAACAUCUCAAUGUCAGGGCUGAGGAGGGGAGAUGCCUCUCUCUUCCUGCCUUCUAUCCAGCUUCGGGAAGGAGGAGAGUACAGGUGUGAAAUAAUUAUCCCUCCUGACAGAUUCCAGGGAACAGCCAGGCUGGAUGUGGUAGCUCAGUCCUCCAGCACUGUGUUGCCACCAGAAACUGUAGGGGAGAAAAAGAAAGGGUACACCCGGGAGUCUCCUGCAGCAGGGUUCCACAAUGAGUCAGUUCAAAACAGCAGGAAGAAUGUGAUUCCAGGGACUUACUUUCCAAAUGUGAACAAUUCUGAGCACAUGGACAACAGUUCCAUUAGCAACAAUGAUGAGCCUGUAAACCCUAUAGUUCGGAUAAUCAUGAGGUGCCUACCAGUAGUGAUAUCUUUAUGUUUGUUUGGGUAUUGGUUCAAUUUUUUAGAAAAGAUCCUCCAAACACUGUGCCUGUGUCAACCUCAUUAUCAAUAUGUACAUCCUUGGAAAGUAUACUACCAAGCUGGGCAGCAGCAAGACAAGUCAGAAAGGCAUUCUCUAGGCAGUGACCACCUUCAGCCUUUGCCACCACAGCAAGUUUCUCUUCUUCAGCCAUAGCCGAACACAUCCAGAUUCACCCUUAACCAUGCGGUGCCUCAACUCUUUACUUUUCUUGUUCAUUUAUUUGUUUGUUUAGAAAGGGAGACUAAAGUGGAUUAAGACAUUAAAUUUAAAAUUUAAAAAUUAAAUUUAAAAUGUCUG